AUGUUGGGCAGAGAGUCUCUCAGCCUGGAGCAGCGCGGCAGCCGCGGGCAGACGGGUGAGGCGAAGGCCGCAGCGCAGCCCUCCAGCAGCAUCAGCGUGCGGAGCAUCUCCUACACCAUCAGAGAACGUGUUGGCCCCUGGUGGAACAUUUCUUUGUAUAAUAAAAAAUGGACCCGGCAAAUACUUAAGGAUGUUUCAUUUCACAUAGAGAGCGGCCAGAUUAUGGGGAUUUUAGGAAACUCUGGAUCUGGGAAAACAACACUUCUAGACGCAAUAUCAGGAAGACUGGGACAUAAAGACAACUUCAUUGGUGAAGUGUACGUGAAUGGGCGUCAGCUGAAGAAGGAGCAGUUUAGAGAUUGCUUCUCUUACGUGCCACAGAGUGACACUUUGUUAAGCUUCCUCACCGUACAAGAGUCUCUGACUUACACUGCUUUAUUAACUCUUAAAAAAUGCUCCAAUGACUUCAUCAAAAAGAAGGUCUCUGCUGUUAUGGCUGAGCUGAGUCUCAGCCACAUUGCUGACAAAGUAAUUGGAAGCCAAAUUUUUGUCGGAAUUUCUGGNGGUGAGAGGCGUCGCGUAUCGAUUGCAGCCCAGCUAUUACAAGAUCCCAAGGUCAUGCUACUUGAUGAACCAACAACAGGGCUGGACUGCCUAACAGCAAACCAGAUUGUCUCACUGCUCUCAGAACUUGCACACAGAGACAGGAUUGUGAUUAUUACGAUUCAUCAGCCUCGCUCAGAACUCUUCAGGUUGUUUGACCAAAUAGCCAUCAUGAGCUUUGGAGAAAUGACUUUCUGUGGCAACCCAAUGGAAAUGAUCACAUUUUUUAGUGGCUGUGGCUAUUCAUGUCCUGAACAAUCAAAUCCUUUUGACUUCUUUGUGGAUCUGACAUCUGUGGACACCCGAAGCAAGGAACGUGAACUUGAAACCUACAGUAGGGUUCAGGUAAUCGUGUCAGCCUACAAAAACUCGGAGAUCUUUAGCAAAGUACUGGCAGUCAUUGAAAAAACCAAGCGUAUGAAAGAGCUGCCACCAAUACCAUUCAAAAACAAAGACUCGCCCAGUGCCUUUUACAAAUUAUGGAUUCUUUUACGGAGGACAACAAGAAACUUUUCCAGAGAUAAGAUGGGCGUCAUCAUGCGUCUCCUCCAGAAUCUUUUAUUUGGCUUGUUUGUAGCCUUUUUCCUUCUUAGACUAAGGAAUGACCUGGAAAAAGGAGCUGUGCAGGACCGUGUGGGGCUUAUCUACCAGUGCGUGAGUGCCCCCCCCUACACAGGGAUGCUCAAUGCUGUUGCCCUUUUUUCACCUUUACGUGCUAUCAGUGAUCAAGAAAGUAAAGAUGGCUUGUACAAGAAGUGGCAAAUGCUUUUAGCUUAUAUAGUACAUUUCCUGCCCUUCAGUGUCAUCAGUGUGGCAAUUUUCAGCACCUUUAUAUACUGGACUACGGGGAUGUAUCCAGAUGCUUCCAGAUUUGGAAUUUUCUUUGCUGUUGUCUUAGCAUCUCAUAUAAUUGGUGAACUACUAACACUUGUUAUACUUGGUGUGGUUCAAAACCCAAAUAUGGUCCAAAGCGGAGUGGUGCUUCUUAAUUCAGCAGGUGUGAUAGUGGGAACUGGACUAGUAAGGACCAUUGAAGAAAUGCCAACACCUUUUAAAAUACUCAGUUAUCUUACCUUUCAAAAAUACAGCAGUGAAGUUCUUAUAGUCAAUGAAUUUUAUGGCUUAAAUUUCACAUGUGAUGGAGCCAAAAGUCCCACUGCACCUAAUGCCACAUGUCUUUACUCUGGCAAUCAGUUCAUUGAAACAACCUUUCCUGAUGCACUGAGCCAGUUCACAGUCAACUUCCUAGUACUCUAUGCUUUUCUACCAGGACUUGCCAUUAUAGCAGUUCUGAGCUUCAAAAUAAGAGAGAGAAUUAUUGGCAGGCAAUAA